CUCUCCACACCUCGCCCCUGCCCCACCCCACACACCCCGCUAGCCAUGACCGACGCCGAUCAGGCACGACCCACCCCCGCAAGGACCGCAACGAGGACCCUCCUCAAUCUCGGCAACUUGCCCCCAAAGAGGUCUGGAUUCGGUGAUCUCGCAUCCUACCAGCGUACCCCAUCUCGCGUGGAUCCCAACAACCCACCCUGGCCCGCCUACCGAGGAUACCAUGAGUAUUCCUUUGCCCACGAGACCAUGGGAAAGCGUCUCCCCACCAUUCUCGGAAAGGCCAUUGACGACACCAUGAGGACACUCAAUGAGGAGCACGAAGAGGGAAAGAUUAAAGACCUCCUGCAAUGCAUCGAGCGCAUGACACAGCUCAUGGACGAUCUGCAUUCCAAUGCCACGCUGCGAGUCAUCAAGGACGAUGGUGAAGGAGACGUCGCACUUUGGAACAAGGAGAUUGCAAGAUUCUUCAAGGGCAAGAACUUCAUGAACGCACCCUGGCUCUUUGCCGAGGCCUACAAGUACCGUCGUCUCCAUGAGUGCUUCUCCAUCUCCACCUACUGGAAGGACUACGACGUCUUCUUCCGUCAAAAGUGCGACACCUUCUCGCGUUCCUCUACUGCCGUCUUUGAGCUCUCCACCCGCUUCGCCGACCCCUUCCACCAUGAGGCUGGCGCUAACGAAGAGGAGAAGCUCAAGGCUGCCAAGCUCGUCUUCCAUGAGCUGACCCAGGUCUGUUUGUGGGGUAACGCCACCGAUUUGUCCCUCUUGAUCAACAUGACCGAGGAGGACAUCAAGAGCCUUCAGUCUACUGGAGGUGAGCAUCUGGCUGAGACGGAGAAGAACAUUCUCUGCAAUGACCUCGACAAGAUUUGGGACCACCUCCACACUGUCAAGGGCGGUAGAAUCGACUUUGUCCUCGACAAUGCCGGCUUCGAGCUCUACUGUGACUGCGUCUACGCCGACUGGCUGAUCCAGAGUGGAAUUGCCAACGAGAUUCACUUCCACGGCAAGCGCUUCGCCUGGUUCGUCUCCGACGUGACGCACAAGGAUUGGUCUUGGCUAUUGAACAGUAUGAUGUACGGUUCCCUCUUCCCCAAUGCUUCGGAUGCUGAGCUGGCCUCUCUGCGUGCCAUGGCAAAGCGCUGGAAAUCCUACGAGCAGACGGGUCAAUGGGUGUACGAGCAACACCCCUUCUGGUGCACCGGCUACACCUUCUGGUCUCUCCCCUCUGAGGCUCCUGAUCUCUUCCAACAUCUAGCCGAUUCCGACCUAGUCAUCUUCAAGGGAGAUCUCAACCAUCGUAAGCUCACCUACGAUUGUCAGGCACCUUCACAGACGCCCUUUGAUGUGGCCAUCGGACCUAUGAGCAGUGAAGAGGGAGCACCUCCUGUUGUUUCUAUCAGGACAAUCAAGAGUGACGUGGUGGUGGGCGUGCCGGAAGAGGUGACCAAGAAGCUCGACAAGGACGAGGAAGGAUGGCGUAUUAGUGGACGGUACGCCUUCAUUGGUCUUAGCGAGGGGACAAAGACGAAGUAAACUCGUGCGACUCAGGGAAGCAAGGCAGGCAGAGGGGGGUUUUCAGCUGGGCCAGGUGAGAUGACCACUCUGUCUCUUCUGUCUCACGAAAUCGUGCAAUGCCAUUCAGCUGGUCUUGCACAGGUGUGCGGUAAAUACGAUUUGCAUUCUUCUCUUUGUCUCCUCGCUUGCUUG